AUGUUUUCGGUUCGUGCUUUUGUGGAAAGCGCUCUCCAUGACAAACUAAGCACGCUUGCCUGCUUCCAUUACGGCCAAACGCUACAGAUACUGCAGGCGCGACUUAAUGAAUUCGACCAGACAUCUGCGAUAUCUGAUUCUACGAUCAUGGUUGUUAUUACACUGGCACAGGCCGCAGAGCUCACUGGAGAUUUUGCGGCUGUAGAAAAUCAUAUCAAAGGCCUAGAGAAGAUUGUGAACCUAAGAGGCGGAGUGCGGGAGCUAAAUACACACAAUAAUACACAGGUCAAGGUAUGCAGGGCUGACUUGGCGUAUGCGUUGCUCUCUGGAAACAGACCGCGUCUUCUCGGAGAGGGAAUAUCCUGGGACUGCUAUAUCGCGGAUCGUGGUUUGAUACAGUGCAGUCACCAGCCUCAUGACGCUAAUAUACGCGCCUUCGCAGAGACUGUUAUGGACGCAAGACUACAUAAUGCCUUGAGAGAUCUCCAUGCUUUCUCCUGUCUUAGCAAUUGUGCCUAUCAGACGACACGCAAGCUUUCACCAGAAACGUAUAAUGAGAUGAUGAUUUCUAUCCUUUACAGACUCACGCACCUGUCAUUCAAGAGCGACUACCUGCAGGAGGCGAUGCGAGUCGGAUUACUGGCUUUUUCUUCGGCAAUCUUCAUGCAACGGCAGUUUAUGGAACAGCCCUAUGAUAAUCUGCUAAAUCUCUACAACAAAGCCUUGUCUAGGCUGCGCAAGUCCACAGACAUUGACUUACCCAUACCUAUCGUACUUUGGAUGACCAUGCUAUCCAAUGUGGUGGCACCCAAGGAGCUUUCUCGUGUGGACUGGAGGAGUGUCUGGCUUGACGAGGCUGUUUCACGUGCGGGCAUCGACUCAUGGUCCCAGGCACGCGAAAUAUUGAAAUCGGUCAUGUGGAUCGACUUCAUCCAUGACCGACUUGGGAAGAAGGUCUGCGAAUCGGCCAUGUCCCGGCUUGGAAGACCACCUCGAGUCGAUGUUUUGUGCACUUCAUUGUGA